CUAAAUAUGCUGUAGCAAAACCGUAAAGUAAAAAUCAAUUCCCCAACCCGGAGUUCCGCCGGCGAUCGUAAAGGCCCGUGCAGUUCCGUCCUCUCUUGCUGACCGCGGCGGCCCGACGCGGUCAGCAAUGCCGCAAGCCGCCACCCAAGAGGGAGAGGCGUCGGGGUCCGGACCAACCCUCGCGCUCCGCCGCGGCCGGAGCUCCACCGUCUCAGCAACGCCCACGACGACCACCCGGUCGAUGGCCCUGGUGCGUGCGCGGCGGAAGCCCCCGGGCUCCCAAUCGCCACAGGAACCACCCGUGCGGUCCCCGACAAGGAAGAGAAAGAGGGGGGCGGCUGCCAACCAGAAAUCGAAGGAACGGACAAGGACCAGGGAUGAGGAGGAGGAGGAGGAUGGGGUCUCAUCUGCAGGCAGCUCCCCAAUUCGCGCGCCGCAGAUUCCGGAUGCGUUAUACGAAGAUCUGGAUAUGCUCAAGGCCAUUCAAGAUGUACACGAUGCAUACGAUGAAAAAUUAGGCCGCCAAAUGGAACUGCCGACUCUUUAUCUGCACACGUGUAAACCGCCCACAUGCUUGAGUACUAAUCCUAAGCUUCUUCGUGUCCGUGAAUCCACAACAAAGACAGUGCUUGCUGCUGCUCCAUCAGUUAUUGGACUUUCAUCCUCUGUUGGUCGUCAUUCGCUAACACGAUGCUCUGGAUUUUGGGUUGAUUGGGAUGAGGAAAACAAAAAAGGUACUGUUUUGACUACUGCACAUGUGAUUCGCACGAAGUCCCCAUCCUCAAAUGACUGGCUAGGUAAAGAUGAGUAUGCUCCCAAGGCCAAGGUUUUUGUUCACUUGCGGGAUGCCACUACUCAGAAGGCCACCAUGCUGUACUACGAGAAGCACUACAAUCUUGCUAUGCUUGAGGUUAGAGUAGAAGAACCUGUCCAGUUGCUCUCCUUCAAUGAUGACGUGAAAAGUGCUGAAGAAGUGUUUGAACUCGGAAGAGAUGAAAGUUCAUUUCUAACGAUAGGUCAUGGUAUGGUGCAAUAUCUGAAUCCCAACCUGCUUGAACGGCAUCACUAUCUGUAUGUUCAUGGCGCAGAUGAGCAUCCUAAGUAUGACAAUGGAGGGCCAGUUAUUGACUUUGAUGGCAAGAUUGUGGGAAUGGUCAGCAACAGCACGAGAGGGUCCAUUAUCCCUUCAUCCAUUUUGCUCAAGUGCUUGCAUUUGUGGAAGAAAUUUGGGUGCAUGUCUCGACCCCACCUUGGAUUGAAGUUUUCUGCAAUCAAGCUUUUAGAUCCUCCUCUUAUCGAGCAAAUAUUGGUCAAGUGUAGCAUUGAUAGUGGUCUUAUUGUUCAAGAGGUGUCAGAAGGAUCUCCCGCUGAGAAACUUGGAUUUCGAGUGGGUGAUGUCAUUGAAUACUUAAAUGGAGAACACGUCUCUACCACAGUUGAGCUAGAGAACAUGUUGCUGAGUAAGUAUGUGGAAGGAUCAAGUGGUCUUAAUUCUGAGGUGGAUAUUGAGGUUCGGGUAUUUCAUAUUCGCAGAAGUCUUUGGAGAAGUAAAACAUUAACUGUAAAAGUAUUUGAUGACGCAGAAGUCAUUGUGAGAGGAGGUUACUAUCCUUUUGGAGAAAAGACUUGAUCCGUGUGACUUGAGCAAGCGAGCGAGUCCAGGAAGACAUCACAAUCAAUAGGGUGACUGCUAAAUGUGGUGUCAGGGAGUUGAGGGCAGACAUGGUCCUGGUGAAUGAAACAUGCAAGUUUCUGCUAAAUGUAUUUCAUAUCUACACUUGUAUGGGAGAACUGGUGUAGGCAGGUGGCCUCUAAUGUUCCUCCUUUGCAUGAAAACAGGAACUAGCUCUCAUGACUAUGCACAUUUCUGAAGUGAUGAACUGGAUACAUGGUCCUCUCCAGCUGAACUAGAGCAGAGGCCAAACGGCUGACUGUACUUGCCAAAUGAGUGAUAAAGCUCUCUGUUUAUCCGUAAGGAAAAAAGGUGCAAAUGUCAUAACUUCCGGGAACCCUCUCUGAUAGUAGUUUGGUGCAUUUAACUGAAAACUCUAUAGCAGGCCACACUUAACUCAAAUUUAGCUUAUGUAAACAUUUACAGGAACAUUUUGUUUCCAAGCAAUGAGAAAUAUUGCCAAUCA